AUGGCCAACCCACGCGUCGAAGAAAUUGUUGACGAGCCCGAGAAGAAGGUCGACGAGGUUGAGGACGAGUCUUCCGACUCUGACGAGGAAGGAGGAGAUGCCAAUAUCCCAGCAGGCGCUCAGGUCGCCGUGCACAGCAGAAACGAGAAGAAGGCGCGCAAGGCCAUUGCCAAGCUUGGUCUGAAGCACGUCGAGGGCAUCACCCGUGUCACUCUCAGGCGACCAAAGAACAUCCUCUUCGUCAUUAGCCAGCCAGAUGUCUACAAGUCCCCUUCGAGCAACACCUGGAUCAUCUUCGGUGAGGCUAAGAUCGAGGACCUGAACUCCCAAGCUCAGGCAUCCGCUGCCCAGCAGCUUGCCGCACAGUCUGCCAACGAGCACGCCGGCCACGACCACUCGGCCGAGGGUGCCGACAAGGGCAAGGCAAUCGAAGGCGAUGCUGGUAAGAAGGCCGAGGAGGAAGAGGACGAUGGCGAGGAGGUUGACGAUACUGGUCUUGAGGCGAAGGACAUUGAGCUCGUCAUGGCUCAAGCCAGCGUCAGCCGGAAGAAGGCUGUCAAGGCGCUCAAGGAGAACGACAACGACAUUGUCAACAGUAUCAUGGCAUUGAGCAUAUAG